CAUUCGUCCAGCCAGCAAAAAACAUGGUUGUCUCGCUGCGUGCUGCGCUGACUUUCGCUCCCGCCGAUGUCAAGUGAGUCGCUGCCCUCGCGUGCUCCUACUGACGCUUCGCGCUGCUCGCUCCACUCGGCCAGCUGGGUGUGUGCCACGUGUGUUUUCGUAGUCAUGUCGAAGAUCUUGAGAAUGCCGCGUUACGUCCACACGAGGGAACACCUGUCGCGGCUCGGCGCGUCGCCUCAGUUCCUCGGCUUCGCAGUUUGAUGGGCCGCGGGCAGCGUAGAGCACGAUGGCCCUGCUCUUCUCGCGGCGCCGUCGACCCACUCUUGUUCGUCUCCUCUCGGUGCUAGCAGUCGCCGGGGUCACAGUGCUUUUGCUUCGAAGCCGGACCACUUCCGAUGACCACCUCGACGAUCGGAUCGUCUUCCGAGAACGGCUUUCUCCGAAGUCCGGAGCUGGCGAUGACCGUGGAAAGCUGGCUGCCACCGCGAGGGACGCCGAGGUGCAGAAGGCCCAAGCACCGCGCUACCACGGCGACGAUAGCCCGCUGCUCCCGAACGUGUACGACCCGGACGAGACGGAAUUCUUCGGAAGGUUCAUUGAAGACUGGGGCAAGGACGGCGCGGGAGUGAACCUGAAGGGCUCCGAAAAAGAGAGGGCUGACAAGGAAUUCUCGAGAGCUGGCUUCAACGCCUACGUUUGCGACCGCUUACCGUUAAAUAGGACGCUGGGUGACCGUCGUCACCGCAGCUGCCGGAGGGCAAACUAUGACGUUGAGAGACUCCCCACCGCUUCCGUGGUGAUCAUCUUUACCGACGAACUCUUCUCGGCGCUCCUGAGAACUGUGUACAGCGUGAUAAAUCGCACCCCCCGUCGCAUGCUGAGGGAAAUCAUCCUCGUCGACGACCACAGCCAAAUUGACGAGAUGGCCAACGGCCGCCUGGAGCGGUUCAUCCGGCGCCACUUCCGUCCUGGCUUCGUGAAGCUCAUCACGCUGCCCAAGCGCCAGGGCCUGAUCCGCGCCCGGCUGACGGGUGCCCGGACUGCGUCGGGCGACGUGCUCGUAUUCCUCGACUCGCACUGCGAGGCCACCGACCACUGGCUGGAGCCCAUGGUAGAGCUGAUAAAGAAAGAUCGUACGACAGUGGUGUGCCCCAUCAUUGAUGUAAUUGAUGACAAGACACUUCAGUACAUGGGUACCAGUUCAGACUUCUAUCAGAUUGGUGGCUUCAACUGGAAGGGCGAGUUCAUCUGGAUAAACACGCCCGAGGCCUGGAGGAAGGCACGCAAGAGCAAAGCAGACCCAAUGCGUUCGCCUACCAUGGCUGGUGGCCUGUUUGCCAUUGACCGCAAGUACUUCUGGGAGAGCGGCUCUUACGACAGUGAGAUGGAAGGCUGGGGAGGCGAGAACUUGGAGAUGUCAUUCCGUAUCUGGAUGUGCGGUGGCACCUUGGUGAUAGCUCCAUGCUCUCACGUGGGACACAUUUUCCGUGACUACCACCCUUACAAAUUUCCAAGCAACAAGGACACGCACGGAAUCAACACAGCCCGGCUUGCUGAAGUGUGGAUGGACAACUACAAGUACUACUUCUACCAAAACCGUCCAGAGCUCAGGAAAAUAUCAUUUGGCGACAUCUCAGAGCGCAAGGCACUGCGUAAUAAACUGCAGUGUAAGUCUUUCAAGUGGUACCUGGACAAUGUGUACCCAAACAAGUUUGUUCCCAGUGAGAAAGUGUUUGCCUUUGGAAAUGCAAGAAAUCCAAACACCGGCAUGUGUCUGGAUUCCAUGAGUCACAACUAUGACAACACGGAACCGCUCGGCAUCUAUCCUUGCCACAAGGAUAUAAACAGUGGCGGUAACCAGGCAUUAUUUCUUUGGUCAUUUCACAUGCAGCUGGUGUCAUACACAUGGAAACAUGAGAUCCGCAAAGAAGACAGCUGUGCAGAGCUGUCCAGCGAGCCGGACAAAGAUGACAAGGCUGCCCGCAAGGUCAUGAUGGCCCCUUGCGGUGAAGGUGCCGAGUCCGAGGAGCGGCAGCGUUGGGACCACACACGUGGUGGCCCGCUGAAGCACCGGCAAAUGGGGUUGUGCAUCGAGGCGGCUGCCACAGAACUGGACGCUGUGCUCGCCAAGCCGUGCACUGGUGGCCACAACCAAGUCUGGUGGUUUCUGCACUAUGCCCGCCCACAAGUGGACGUUCUGCACAACAAGGUCUAAGCACUCAUGCACCCGUAUUGUUCAUGCGCGUGUACACAUGCGGUCUGUGGACUUGUGUGCAUCUCUGUCCAUUCAUUGACAACGUCCACACCUUCCCAGACUGGUUUUUCUUCGGGAGGCUGAAUGUUUCUGUGACAGUGACACUUAAUUUGAAACAGCAUUCAUGUAAGUAUAGUUGGCGGUGACAUUUGUUACGAGCUUAGACUUAUUGCUUGGGAGGAGUGUUUUUGUAUUUUGGGGGGUAAAGAGGUGCUGAUGAGCACUUCCAAAAACAUGGUUGCCAUGCAAGCAACUUGUUUCAGUAAGUGAAGUCAUGUGCUGUUGUUCUGAACGACAACUUUUUUUCUUUCUCCUUUUUUCCUCGUAUGUAACAGGCAUUUGUUUUUAUGAACCUAUAUAGUCUUGGAGGACCUCGAAAAUGUGUGUCCUUUUGCUUUCUAAGCAGGUGACAUAUAGAAGGUGGUGUGUUCCAAGUGCUUUGCUUGUUGAGUGAAAGGAGUUCAUCUAUAUUACUGUGAUGUGCUGUUCAUGUCCUAAGGGCAUGGACAGCUGCAACAAUGAAGUCUGUUGCUGCUUUAACAUGGGAAGCAGUUGAGAUUUUGUGUCAAGUUUGUACUUUCUUUUUGUCUUUGCUGUUGGAGUUAUUAUUCAUAAUCAUCAAGACACACUGGUGCCUGCAUCAGUAGAAAAUAAUAGUAUGGGAGCUCUUAAUUCUCAUUCUCGGCAAAGUAAAUUCUCAUUCUUGAUGUUAUACAACCACGGCUACAUGAAUUGGGGCAGCGCUUUUGUUGGUGACAAUAAUUGAAUGCUGUUGGUCUACAGCGUCCAGCUGUUCCUAUGCACUAUACGUAUAUUCAAGUGACUGGAUCGAUGCCUACAAAGCUAAAGUGUUUGUUACUGUGUACUUCCCUAGCCGUGCUUUGCCUUGUGAAAUUUUUCAGCCUGUGCUUGUUAAACGAGGCAGAGAAGGUUGUUACCAUCAUUGUGCUGCUGCAUGUACUAACAUGAAAUUUCUGUCUUCCGUGGAAUAGCUCUUUGUGCGUGCAUGCAUGCGUAUGCCUGCAGUCUGCUGUUGUCUUGCUCUAUGUUCUGCCAAGAAUUGUUCGCUUGCUUUACACUGUGGAUGCUUGGGAGAAUUGAAAAUGUGUGCUGCUUGCAUGUAGGGAUUGCCUGCAGAGUACUGGGGAAACUUGUUGAUUGAGUUUGGAAAACCAAUAACCUAGGUCCAAAUGAACACUUAUGAGAUGUAAAGAGGGGCUUAUUGGUAAUUCACAACUAGUUCUGUGCAGAACGAAUGACUCAUGGAUGAGGAAUAAAACCAAAGGGCACAAGCACCGGCUUUGUUGCCAUUCAGUGUCAAUGAUUUCUGUUCUACUCUUAUCCAUACAUAGCCGGCCAUGCAGAAAAUCGGCUGAGUCAAAGUAAUCACUGCUGGAUUUGUUCCAACAUAUUUCAGACUAUGGCCAUGUACAUUAGAGCAAUUCAUAAAUGCCGGAAUGUUUGCUUGAAUGAGGCAACCACUGGUGCACUUUUCACCCCAUCUUGCACUGUGGUGCUGUAAAUACUGGAUGCUUCUGGUUUGGAUGGAUUGACGUGAGACACAAGGCACAUCAGAGCUCAUUACAUGAAUGAAAGCCUCUGUGUCUGCCCUGUACGCGAGAGUUAAGUGACAAAGCUCAUGAGAAAGGCUCACUAUAUUUAUGAAGGACUAUAUACAGAAGCCCAAGAAGGUUGCAAACAUGGAAUGAUGGGCAGUAUAUACUGAAUAUACAGGCAUCCUUCUGCUUGGUUAUUUGAGAUCAUGACUUGCAGAGCAAAAGCAAAGCUAAUUCAUAGCUUUUAUGCUGCAAAACAAAGUGCCUCAUUGCAGCAAAAGGAGCAUGCCAUCUCCUGAAAGCAGUCCUAAGUUGUUUGAAUCGAAAUAGCAUGCUAUACUUGUGCUUAGCACCGAGUCAUUACUUUAGGACUUCAGAUUUACGUUACUUGUUGCCUUGCACGAUGGUAACUGCUGGUUUGAACAGUUGAGGACGGCAUCAGAUCGAUUGUGGACUUGGGAAUGAUGACACAUUGAAGAGGCACCAAGUGCACCUAGGUUGUGUUAGCCUAAUGAAUUGCAUUUCGGUGCACUGUUCAGGGUUGUUAAGGUCGCUCCCUCCAAGAAGGCUUUACAUUCAUUUGCUUCAGCCUGUUCAUUGUGUGGGAAUGUUGUAACACUGGUGAAAAUUCUCACUUAUUUUUUUUUGCCAGCUGUAUGCUAAUGCUGUGCCCAGUGGUGGCAGCAUCCUCUAGGAGGUGUCGUAACGUGCUGGUAGGAAAAAAAAAUAUGGGGCAUUUAAUUUUGUACAAAGGUGGAACACUUUUGCUUAACAGAAAGUCAUUACUGUUACUGACUUCUUUCUCUUAUUUAUAGAUCUGUUAUUCAUUAACAAGUGUGCCAGCUGCUCUUAUUGCAUAAUGUAUUCACAGAAUAGUAGUGAAAACAUUCUAAACAUGUUUGUUGUUGUACCAAGAUGUGUUGAACCUCUUACUGAAGCGUUAAAUCUAUUUACUGUUUGUAAAAAUAGGCUGUCCUGUCUUUGCAUUCUUGCUGAUUCCAUUUUAUGCCUUUAGAAAUUUUUGUAUUAUAUUUCUGCAAUACGGCUACUUUAAAUUGGGGUCAUGAUGCGUUCGUAUUCAUGAUUUUUUUUUUUUUUGCAGGCAUGCUUGCACACAAGUAAUGAACGUGAACAAAUGGGCAGUAUUUGGUGUCUUAAAAACUUCUGUUAUUUCUCGCUGCAGUGGUGCAUUACAAAACUAUUGAUGGUCCUCCUCGGUGCCUUUCUUUUUAAUGUGACUCACAGAAGAGAUGUGGAAGGAUCCUUUGGUUGUAACUAUUGAACUGGGGAUUACAACUUUAUGAAAUAGUCUGCCUUCAUCAAAAGUAACUGCUUAUCAAAAACUCCUGUUUAGUGCCUUGAAAAUAAAACAAAAAGCAAUGCACUAUUAGACUAAUUUAUCCUGUCAACACCAACAAGGUUUCACAGUAUGCAAUUAUAUAAUUUUCUCAACUAUAAUGAAAUCAAAACAUGAAAAUCAUAUUUAACAGGAUCCAUUUUCAUAUUGUACUGUGUUUUGCCAGACAGAUGAUCUAAUUCAUUAGUAAAAAAAAUCUAAAACAGAUUUUGAUAAUUUUUCACCAUUUCCACAAUACUAUGCUCUAGCACUCGUACACUAUGCUUACUAUACACUAUACUAAUUUCUGAAAAUUCGGCAUAAUUCUUUGGGUGCUUAUUUCAGCUGAAUUUUUUGUAAUAAUUUUUUGCCUUUAAUUUAAUAAUUUUUUGCAUCCACCAGUUACCAGCUUACCAGGUGAAUGUGUGGUUCAUUGUAUUGAUACAUGUAUUGUUCAUUGUAAUAUGUAUUGACACUGAAAUGUGCUGAAGGACUGCAGAUUUAAGUCUUCAGAACUGUUGUUGUGUGUAUUGGUUGCAGUUAACUAAGUUUUUGAUAAGCAGUCUAGCAAGGACACAAUGCCAUACUGCAGUAUGACUAUGCAGAAAUCAAAAGCGGUAGUAGUGUCAUAGAUAAUUGACCUUAAACAGAACGAGACUAUUUGUAUCAUUAUGUGAGCACAGAGCUGCAACAAAUACCACGGAAAAUGAUAACUAGAUUGAUACCACCCUGCGUUACCAUCAGGGAAUUUUCCCAGUUUAUCCACCACUUGUACCCCCCCCCCUUGUGCCGUGCCCUGCUUCCCAUUUCCAUUGCAACAAGAGCCGAAAUGGAGGCAAAUAAUAAUAAUAAAAAAGUAAAAAUUGUUUGGGUGACAGGGGUGACAGGGCUGACGCAUGACAUUGACCUCGUCAAGGUCCCUGCUUCGGGUUUUAUGUUGGCUCACACCUGCAUGCCAUUUACUAUCUUGGCUCUUGGGGUAAAUUUGCUUUUACGGAUUCUUUUGGGUUAAAAUUGAGCUCCAGAAAGAAAAUUUGUAUUCUUUGUACAGUUUAAACUAAAGAUGCUCAACCCUUGCUAUACUUUGCAUCUAUUUACUCUUUUGCAAUGUCCAUGUAUCAGUUGCACAUCUUCAUUCUUCCCUUUUCCCCCUUUUUUUCUAUUUUGGCACACUAGUGCUAAUUCCAUUUUUGCAUUCCAUAAGGUAUCCUUGCAUUGUUGCAUAAUGGUUCUGUUGGCAGGGACAAUACCUGCUCCAUAAUUAGUGUGUGCAUUUUAUACAGGCCACUAUGUGUACAGUUAUGAAAACUUCCAUCAGACCUCCAAGAAGAUCUGUUUUGUUUACUGUAGCAUGCACUCUAGUGCUUCAGGAAGCAGUAUCUGACAGCAUAAGUUUAAUUUCUAGAGGCAUUCUGUAUUGGGGAUAUAACUACAGCUGGGUACAACUUCAGAAGACAGUGGCAUUUGGCCAUCAAAGGCGGAUGCACACGAGCCUCCAUAAAUGGUCGCACACUCUAGAUUGACGUCGUGAGCCGGACAGCUGGUGACCCUGCUGACAGAGAACAUUGCAGCCCGUGCUUCGAACUGGGCUGAGUCACGCCAGCAGGACUAUUUCUUCAGUUGCUGAGGCACUUCAGUCAUCUGAGCGGGGCCUCUCCUGCCUUCUUAAGUUGUACCCAAAUAUAGACCUGUGUCGGCUAUGCAUAUUUAAUUAUACUGCAACUAUGCAAAAGCAGCAGUUCUGAAUGCAAGUUGAAUAAGGCAUUUGGGUAAAUCUUCAUUGCUGUAUUAGGAUGGUUCCUGAACUUCGAUUAGAGGCAUGCAGUUGUAUGCUGUUGCAUCAACGAUGUGUGGCACACAACAAUUGCAUUUAACUGUUCAGUUUGUCAGUUGUGUUAUCCAAAUAGUAGGAAUGCCAUCCACAGCUGUGUGCACAUGAACAUGAAAAGAAACACUUUGACAGGAAGUCACUGGCUCUAAAGAAAGUCAUGCUGACAGCCUGGAACAUGCUUUGUAUGUAGGGCAUGGAUUUGGUGUUGUUAUAUUAGCUUGUGGUAACAUCGUUUGGUCAUGUUGUCCUAUUAAGUUGUAUCAAGUGUGUAGGAGGAGGAGACAAAGGAGGGAAAAGACAGGGAGGUUAGCCAGUGUAAGUACCGGCUGGCUACCCUGUGCUGGGGAUAGGGGUAAAGGGAAUAAAAGGAGAAAGAAGAAGAAGAGGAAAAAAAGAAAAAAAAAGAAAAUUCACAGAGUAACGCGAAACUACGCUCUACAACGUUCAAAGGAUCAAGUGUGUAAAUUCUAUUGCUAGUAUUAGGCACUCUGGCAUUUUACUAUCAUUCAUGACCUACACCUUAUUUCCGGACCUGCGAAGAUGCAUUAGGCAGGAACAACACUUUGCAGCAAUCCUUGCUGGUAGUGCUUAUGUAAAACGCUUUCGUAGGGUGCUCACUGCCAUGUGGGCUGGUGGAAAAGUAGUGUAAAAAACUUUGCUUCCAACUCGCCUAAUUUGGACGCUAGACUUACUUCAAUAUAGCAUUGCAAAAUUAGGAAUUAAGAUGAGAUGAAAGCUUUAGAAAAAAAACAAUGAUUGUGUGUAGUAAACAUGGAAAGGGUCUUAUGGCAUUGAUAUUUUUUCAUUCACUCCUUAAGAAGUUCUUGCCAUCUUGUGUGCUGUCGCACUUGAUAAAGGUGCAAGUGCGAUGAAAUUGUAGCACACCCUAACAUACUCUUGAGUAGAAGUGUGAAAGCCGGGCUACCGCUUGUUCCACGUGAUGUUGCAAAAAUGUAGUGUCGCCCUGUUGCUUGUUUAUGGACUGAGUGUUGCAGUACACUAUUGAAAUAAGUAGUUUCGUCAGUUACAGUGUUGUGGCACAUUAACCAAGGCAUUUUAUUUUGGAAGACUGCUUAUGUCACAGUGAUGCAGAAAGAAUGCAAACUUCUUCAUUAACAGAGAUGACUGUGUGCAUUUACCACGUGCACUCAAGUUUCCUUGUGAUAAAUGCAUGGUGAGGGCUGUCCAUAAUGUUGGCUACUGCAAAAUAUUUUUAGAAAGAGCUGUCUUUUUUCUCUUUAUUUUUCUGUUGUGGUACUGGAGUGCAUGACUGUUGCAGCAGUUUGAAGAUGCUGAUGUCACAAAAGUGUUAUGCUUGGAUAUGUAGUUACCUGUGUUAAUGCGUGCUCACAGGUCCACCUUGUGCUUGUACCAUUACUUUUGCUUGUGAAAAGACAUUCUGAAAAAUUUAUUCAGAAGCAUUCCUUUGAGGCCAUCAGCUUACCAUGUUGUAAAAAUCGAAAACAACUUUGGACAAUAACUGCCAUGUGUGCUUAUUGGUAAUAGUUCCUGUGUUGAGAGCAAGUCGUAUACUGAAAGGGGACUGCUUAACAACAUUCAACCAGGAUUUCUAACAGGUAUGUUUAACAGGCGUGAGCAGUUAAUUACUGACUGUAGUAGUGGUGUAUGGCCCACACAGUGUACAAGAUUUUCUGUGUACUUUGAGACACUCUACAUUUUAAAUUUGUGUCUGCCUUGGGUUCUGUCAGGGUGUCAACAAAUUGUGUAGCCUGACAUCAGUGUUACUUUGCUGGAAUUGGCAAUAAGGUAUUCACUCUAACUACAAUUUUAAGAACGGUCAGCAAAAGCAUGUGAAAAACAUUUGUAGUAUUUUUUAAAUGUGUACCCUGGUGGUAAUGUACUUAACGCAGCUAUCUGUUUUCAUUUGUGUGUCAGCGUAAUAAUAUUUGGCUGUGAAAGGCAUAGCAACAUAUUACAGGAAUAGUUGUUGCAAUUACAAAACCCAUUCAAUGUCCUUUCAGUCAAAGACCUGGCAUGCUUGAUGUAAACAGAGGGCUGUGUCAACUUGAAGUGUUCACAGUAGAUGAUGAUGUGUGGCCUCCUCCUCUUACAUACUGAAGCAUUACAUUUCAAAUGAGCCAAUUCAGAUAGUUCUCCCUUUUGUGCCAAGGCUUGCUUGUACCAAAUUCAUACUAGCAUGUUCUUUGUAACAUGGUUCGACGUAUAUUAGUGCAGCAUAACUGAUCUACAAAAUGGUUGGCUGUUAAUAGCUCAUAGUCUCAGGUAUCCAUAUACUAACGGUGAUAUCACAAGCCAGAUAUCAGUGCAAACAAUGCUAGCUGCAAAGUGUAGCUUGCUUUCUGUUAGUCUGCCACCAUUUCAAUGGGGCACCUAUAGCCUGUGCCCCCUGGUGAAAUGUUUCUUGCUUGUGGACAUAAGCCCACUCUAUCAACUUGCCUCAACUUGGCUGUAGAUCACUGUCCGCUUAUUCUAGACGUUCGCUUGAUCACUUACGUGAUUUUAUGCCUAGGCUGAUCGGGGGCCAGGCAGUGUGCUGUUCUGUCUUGUUUAAACUUUUUCCGUUUAAGCGAACCAUGGCAUGUCUGCCACUGCGUUUGUUCCUGCCGUGAGGCUCCUAUACAAAGUCGACGUUCCACUGCCUCAUUGCUGCACAUGCAACUCGCGUACAAAACAUGCUGUGUGCAACUUGAAUCUUAGGGAUAUGUUGUUUUACUGUAAUUGUGGCUGUCACAUCAUGUGUAUACAUACAGAGAAUGUGUACAUAGACAUCUAUUUUGAAAGGAGUUGAGAAUUAAAUCUUUUUUGUCUUUUUCGUUGUUA